CUGCUUUGACGUUUGCUGAGGGUGCCGAAAAGUUUGUUUAUGUUUCUUCUUUUUCCAAUUUUGUUGCACGGAGUAAUCAUAAUGCAAAAAUGCAACAUUCAAUGGAAUUUCUCGGAAGAGAUUUGAGUUUUUAUUAGAAUACUUAUGUCAUAGGUACAAGUCUGGCUGUGAUAAAGCGUACAACACAAAAACGACUCGCAAAAAACUCAGCAAAACAAAGUGCAACAGCUGCAUCAAAAUCCAAACUUUGAGCUAGAUGUGGUGCAAUAUAGGAAGUAAUUUGCCUUCGAUAAAGCACUGAAAUGGUCAUCUCCCGGCUGAAGCAUUACCCGAACGUUUGCCGACUAUGCUUCAAGUUGCCAGAUCUCACAACAGACACGAUGGUCUCAAUCCACACAAGUGACGAUCUGUUUCACGGAACCGUAGAAGAUCAUAUCUCGUCUCUUACGUUUGAUGCAAAUGAAAAGUCCCAGCUUUUUCCGCAGCAGAUAUGCCAACCAUGCUUAGAGAGACUACGAUUGCAUGCAAAGUAUCUAAACAAUGUUAUGAACAUUUCCUUGCUGAUGUAUGCUAUAGCGGAGUUGAAACAUGCUAGAAAUAGAAUUCCUUUAGAAGGCCUCUUCAGAAUGAAGGGAGAUUUUAUGCAAAAACUUUUUGAAGAGCUACAACUCGACUACGGUGUCGAGACAUGUGCAGCUGAUGUUAUAAAUGAAAUUUUGGAACAUGAAAGGGAUCCGAACACUAAAUCGAACACAAACAAUCUAAAUGACCUUGCAAGUGAUAGCGUAACGAUCAUUGUAGACCAGAUUCCGUUGGUAGAAGUGAAUGAACUUCGUGAAAAUUAUAGAGUGAUAUAUCCGGAAGUUGAUCAAUCUAAACCUAACUCAAGCGAUCUAGAGGAUCUUGGAAAUGCUACUAUCUUCCUGAACGAGAUCGCACUUGGAGAAGAAAACCAACAUGCUAGCGAUCAAUCACCAAGCAUUGUUGAGAAAAUUGUGGAUGAUCCGGAGCAUGCAGAAGAAGCAGUCGACUCCUGUAUAAAUCCAAAUUCUACUUUGAACAAAGAUUUCCUGGGCUGUGCCAUCAACAUAAACGAGAUCGCGUUGGGCGAAGAGAUCGAACUUGCCGACGCUCAAAGCAAAUCGCCCCAGAAGCGAAGGCGGGGCCGACCCCGGAAGGAGAUCAAAACGUUGUGCUGUCGGAUGGCAAACUGUACCGCAGUGUUCCACGACAAGAAAGCGUACGAUCAUCACCGCUGGACCGCCCACAAAACGUUCGUCUGUGAGGAGUGUGGCCUCAAGUGGGCGUCGAAGCCGGGCCUGGAUAACCACCGGGCACGGCACAAGAACGAAGAGGAGUUCCAGUGCGAGUACUGCAAGCGGCUGUACAACGUGAAGGAGGACUUGAACCACCACAUCAAGAAGAUACACCUGGCGAGGGAAAAGUUUCGCUGCGAAACGUGCGGGCUGGAGUUUAAACAUAAAAUUACGUUUGAUGCACACAAGCUCACCCACAAGGACGAGUUCGGAUUUCCUUGCACGCAAUGUGACAAAAAAUUCAAGGCUAGACGUCUAAUGCACGCCCACAAGUACCGGGUUCACAAGGCACCGUCCCACAUUUGUGACGAGUGUGGCAAAGCGUUCCGCAGUCGGUUUGUGCUGUUAGAUCACAUCGAGAUUAUCCAUGGCAUCCAAAUGCGCUUCACAUGCGACGUUUGUGUCGAAGUGUUCGACGAUAAAGAUCAACUGAGCGUUCACAAGUCACGCCACCGAUCCCCGUCACAGAUGGAAUGCGGCACCUGUCUGUUGGUGUUCAACUCCAAGGAUCAAAUGUUCAACCACCUGUGCAUCACGUACCGAAAAGAUUAUAUUUGCUGCGGCAAGGAUCACGGCCAUCACAAGACCUACAACAAGCACCAGCUCGUGAAGCAUGGCGUCAGGGUGAACGUGCGGGUGAAGCCAAAGUCGAAAGAACUCGCUGGAAAGUUGCGCGCGAAAAGGAAACGGUUGGAAACAUGCCUCAAGUGUGAAAAGGUCUUUCCAAACAGGCAGGCAAAGCAGCGACACGAGGAUAAAUGUGGCACGGAUUCGGGUGAAGAUUCAUAGGAAAGACACCGAUUUCUGGUAGCUCCAUGCUAUAUGCUUAGGCGGGCCCAGACAAUGCCCAAUGACCUCGGGUGAUGCUACAUGUUUCGAUGUUUCCCUAACUUCAAUAAUUGCUUACUUUUUUUAAUUGGGUACUAAA